AUGGAAUACACAGAUCAAAAGUCACUCACCAUUCACUUCGUAUCCGCCACCGACUCGCCCGAGUUCACUCACCUCAGCUGGGCUCUGACUCGCUCCUCCGUCAUCGGACUCGACGCCGAAUGGAAGCCAAUUCACAUCCAUCAAGACACUUUUCCCCCCGUCUCUCUCCUCCAAAUCGCUUGCCGAGUUGUCGGCAACUGCGAUUCUACUGCCCAGCAGAACGAGUCAUUGGUCUUCCUUCUUGACCUCUCGACAAUUCAUUUGCCUUCAAUAUACGAGCUAUUGAAGGAUAUGUUUGUGUCGCCUCAUAUUCUCAAAUUAGGGUUUAGAUUUAAACAAGAUUUGGUUUACUUGUCUUCUACUUUCUGCUCUCAAGGCUGCGAUCCUGGAUUUGAUAGGGUGGAACCCUAUUUUGAUAUUACAAGCAUAUACCAUUAUCUUCAACACAAGCAACCCGGAAGAAAGAUGCCAAAGGAAACCAAGAGCUUGGCAACUAUCUGUGAGGAAAUAUUGGGUUUCUCGCUUUCCAAGGAACUUCAAUGCAGUGAUUGGUCAUGUCGUCCUCUUACAGAAGAGCAGAAGGCAUAUGCAGCUGCUGAUGCACACUGUUUGCUUGAGAUAUUUAAUUUCUUCCAGGUCAAGGUUGCCAAAGAAGGGCAUUCUUUUGGCAAUUUCAUAAAGCUACAUUCUUCAAAUUUGGAUCUUGAGGCUUUAAAGUUGGUCCGCGCUGUUCCUUCUGAAUUUCCUCAAAACACACGUACGAUGUCAUGCACUGUGCCCAUGGAUGACACGCUCUGGCAGAUCGUUAGAAAAUAUGGUGAAAAAAUAUUGUUAAAAGAAUCCGACAGAAAGCCUAAAACCUCCAAAAAGAAAGGGAAAAAACAGUCCUCUGCAGGCUUGAUAGGCAAAGAAAGACGAAUAGAAAAUGUUGAUGAUUUUCAAGGUCCCCCACCAUGGGAUUUGUCCUUGGGUGAUGAUGGAUGCCCUAAGUUUCUUUGUGAUGUGAUGGUGGAAGGCUUGGCGAAACAUUUACGUUGUGUUGGGGUAGAUGCUGCCGUUCCACAUUCCAAGAAGCCCGAAACCAGGGACUUGAUACAUCAAGCAAACAAAGAGAAGAGGGUGCUCUUGACUCGAGAUGCCAAGCUUUUGAGACAUGACUAUCUGAUGAAAAACCAAAUAUACAGGGUGAAGGGUCUUCUUAAAAAUGAACAACUUCUUGAGGUAAUUGAAACUUUCCAGUUGAAAAUUUGUGAGGAUCAGUUAAUGUCAAGGUGUACCAAAUGCAAUGGGAGGUUCAUUCAAAAACCGCUUACAACUGAAGAGGCAGUUGAAGCUGCCAAGGGAUUCCAAGUGAUUCCCAAUUGCUUGUUUGACAAGAAUUUACAGUUUUGGCAGUGCAUGGAUUGCAACCAACUUUAUUGGGAGGGAACCCAAUAUCACAACGCAGUACAGAAGUUCAUCAAUGUUUGUAAGCUAAAUGAAUAACUUGGAAGACCAAUAAUAUUGUGCUUGAUUAGCAAUGGACCCUGUGCUUCUGUUUGGAAACUGUAUCUAUUUUUCUGUUAGCUCCAGAAAUGUGCAAAGCAUCCAUUGAGAGCUUUCUGGCACCGAGUUCAGCAAUGGUACCAUUUUUUUCUUCUGGCAUUGGUUGAUAUUCCGUUGGGCUUAGGUCUCCAUAUGAUGUCUUGGAUCAUAUCAGGGUCGGUUUCCAUACAGAUAUGUUCCGCUUCCCUAUUUUUUGCCAGCAAAGAUAUUUUGUGCCUGUUGUUGUGUUGCAAAGUAGUGCUUGUACAAAGACAAAUGUUGUGCCUAAUUUAUGUGAUGUUGCUCACAAGACAAGUAUGUAUUGUAAGACUGCUUGGAUUUUAUUAAUAGAAGAGCUUGGAAAUUAC